AGCUCCGGAGAGGACAGUGUGGAGAGGAUGUGGUUAUUUUUGCGCACCAGCUCAGGUUUACCUUUCCACGCUGCUACUUCAGCUGAUUCUCCCGAUCCCUUGGUUCGCCUUUUCACUCAGUUUUAAGCGCCGGGCAUACUCUAUAUUGGACUGACUGGGACUUCUGCUGACUUUUUUUGUGGACUGGCAGGUUUUCGCGGGUGAAACCGUAAAUUUGUUCCGAGGCAUUACAGCCGAAGCGACAUGAGCGCAGGAAAACGUCCGAGCCUCAGGAUGGACGUACCUGUUAUCGUUUUGCUGAUCCACUUGACUCAUACUGAGAUAAGAGCGCUGCUGGCCAGCCGAGCGGGGGUCGAGUCUGGAUGCCCCCUCGGCCAGUUUCCAUGUGGGAACAUGAGUGAGUGCCUCCCACAGGCUUUGCAGUGUAAUGGACACAAAGACUGUCCCAAUGGAGCAGAUGAGCGGCGCUGUGGGGACAACAUCGGAUGGGCGGACUUAUUCGGUCAGACACUACAGAAUGCCAAUCCUUUGGACCAGUACCUCCUGAAUGAGUGCUCUUUGCAGGAGUAUCCAGAGAGUUGUGACUGCAUACAGACAGACGUCGAGUGUGUGGAGGUCAACCUGCUGGAUGUUCCUCUGCUCUCUCCAAAUGUUACCUGGCUGUCGCUGAGGAGCAAUCAGAUCCGAGUGUUGUCUGAUUUUGUUUUCUCAGAAUACUCUUCCCUAGAGAGACUGUUUCUGCAAAACAACAGCCUCCAGUUCAUAUCUAAACAUGCCUUCAGCGGCCUUCACAACUUAAAGAGGUUGUUUCUCAGUGAGAACUUGAUAUCCUCCCUGAGUCCUGGUGUGUUCAGGGAUCUCCAUCAGUUAGAGUGGCUGUGA